CGUUCACUACAACCGUGUGUGAUUGUUUUUUCUUAUUACCAAGUACUUCUUGUGCGCUGUUGCAAAAUCGCACACGGGGGGUGGCGGCGAGCACGGCCUCGUUUACCAAGUUACUGUCCCAAUUACUAUUUCACCUUACUAACUAUAUCUACUUUAUAUAAUUAUAGGUUGACAAUGGGAGAACCUAGACUUUUCGAGCGAUGCGAUUGCAUAAAUCUUUCUACUUACUAACAUUAAUUUUCAUUUAGGUAGGUCCAAACCUUAAGGGUUUCUAAGUCUUCGACCGUUUUUGCAUAUGGAUUACAUGGAGCUGACUAGCCAUCAAGUUAACAUUCUCUCCAAGGUCAUUCCAACAAGAAAAGGACUCCUGAGAAACAACAAUUUUUUCGUCUGUGCAAUAAAGAAGAAACCUGCCAACUAUAGGAUGGUAUGAACUAUAUAUCUUACCCUUGCAUCUUACUAAUAUGCACAUUGAAUGUUUAUACAACAAACUGAAUCAUUUCCCUUUUUAUCAGUGUGUUUUCCAGAUGGAGGAGGGCAUAGUAUGGGCAUUCCGCUUCUUCAAGGUUGCCAACGACCCAAUUGUUCUUCGCUUGGAAUGUGUACCUCUAUCAUGAAGAUCGACUCUCGCUGUGUGAUCGAUCGAAAUAUAUAUGUUUGUACUGAUGAUCUGCAACAACUAAUAAUGGAUAUGUGUACACAUGUUGUGUUUGCUGAUAUGAAUUGUGUUGUCUGCCUUUGAAUUGCAUCUAUUUUAAAUUAUUAUUUCAUAUGAUUGGUAAUGUAUUAAAUUUAAAAAGGUAAAAUAGUUUGUUGAAACAAGGUGUAUGAUAUAGACAUGUGAAAGCACACGUUUUACUAGGCAUGAGCAUUUGUGAUGACUUUGUCAUCGGAAAUAGUUUGUCCGCCGCAUCGCACACGACUGUUAAGGAAGAAUUGUGCGUGAAUGCCCGCAUAAUCACAGUCAUUUUGCUUUGCUAUAAACGUCUGGGAUGUCUUCGUUAUCACAGAAGAUUUUCGUCGUCGUCAACAAUCGACCCUCCCCCCUCGCCAACCCACUCGAGCACACGGUUCCGAGAAGUGCCUGCGAUUGGGGGUAAAAACCGUGUGAAUAGCAGGUCAGGAGUACUAAUGUGAGUUCGGUGUCGAUCAUGGCAGCGAGUAUCACAUCUAAACGCUCUUAUAUUAUUAUUAUUUUUACAGAGGGAGUACCCCGCAGGUGCAGCAGCCUAACCAUGCUCGGACGGAUGGACACCGGCCGCACAGCCAGAUUGAUCGCCCUCAUGCACGCCGGUGAUGCAGCAGCGACAGCGAUCGCCUCGCGGCUUUGCUCCGACGUACGCGGCGGCGCCCGCUCGUCCGUCCCCUGGUCUUCCUCUGCGACUUUCUAUUCCUGACGCACCACCGCCUCCACGUCUCCCUCCUUGAUUUCCUCUCUGCCACAACAAGGAAUUACCACCCCUCCGCUGCUCAUACAUCAUUCGAUCACCCCGUCCAUUCAAGACCCAGAGCAGCAAAACUCUCUUCCAGGGGCAGCGCGAGGGGUAAAAUGGCGAGGAUCCUGCUGCAUGGGACGCUGCACGUCACCGUGUUCGAGGGCGAGGGGAUCACCAACAACAGCAGGCCCAGCAGCCAGGCGCCGCAGUUCCUCCGCAAGCUGGUGGAGGGGAUCGAGGACACGGUGGGCGUCGGCAAAGGCGCGAGCAAGCUCUACGCCACCGUUGGCCUUGGCAAGGCCCGCAUCGGCCGCACCCGCACGCUGAACGACGAGUCGUCGACCCCGCGCUGGUUCGAGUCCUUCCACAUCUACUGCGCGCACCUCGCCUCCGACGUGCUCUUCACCAUCAAGGGCAGCAGCACCAUCGGCGCCGCCGUCGUGGGCACGGGCUACCUCCCCGUCCGCGACAUCUACGGCGGCGACGAGGUCGAGCGCUGGCUCCCGCUCUGCGACGACAGCCGCAACCCCGUCGAGGGCGGCGGCAAGAUCCACGUCAAGCUCCAGUACUUCGACAUCUCCAAGGACCGGGCCUGGGGCCGCGGCAUCCGCUCCGGGAAGAACCCCGGCGUGCCCUACACCUUCUUCUCCCAGCGCCAGGGGUGCAAGGUGACGCUGUACCAGGACGCCCACAUCCCCGACGGCUUCAUCCCCAGGAUCCCGCUCGACGACGGCCGCUGCUACGAGCCGCACCGCUGCUGGGAGGACAUCUUCGCCGCCAUCAGCAAUGCCAAGCACCUCAUCUACAUCACGGGGUGGUCCGUGUACACGGAGAUCGCGCUGCUCAGGGACGCCAACCGGCCCAAGCCGGCCGGCGGCGGCGUCACGCUCGGCGAGCUGCUCAAGAAGAAGGCCGGCGAGGGCGUCAGGGUGCUCAUGCUGGUCUGGGACGACCGGACCUCGGUUGGCGUGCUCAAGAAGGACGGCCUCAUGGCGACGCACGACGAGGAGACGAUGAACUACUUCCAGGACACCGACGUGCACUGCGUGCUCUGCCCCCGGGACCCCGACGAUUCCGGCAGCUUCGUCCAGGACCUGCAGAUCUCCACCAUGUUCACGCACCACCAGAAGACCAUCAUCGUCGACCACGACAUGCCCCAGAGCGGCGGCGGCCGGCGCCGGCGGAUCCUCAGCUUCGUGGGCGGGCUUGACCUCUGCGACGGCCGCUACGACACGCCGUUCCACUCCCUGUUCGGGACGCUGGACGGCCCUCACCACGACGACUUCCACCAGCCCAACUUCGCGACGGCGGCGAUCGCCAAGGGCGGGCCGAGGGAGCCGUGGCACGACAUCCACUGCCGCCUCGAGGGCCCCGUGGCGUGGGAUGUGCUCUACAACUUCGAGCAGCGGUGGCGCAAGCAGGGCGGCAAGGACCUGCUCGUCCAGCUCAGGGACCUCGCCGACGACAUCAUCCCGCCGUCGCCGGUGAUGCACGCCGAGGACAGGGAGGCGUGGAACGUGCAGCUGUUCCGGUCCAUCGACGGGGGCGCCGCCUUCGGGUUCCCGGACAACCCCGAGGACGCGGCCAAGGCGGGGCUGGUGAGCGGCAAGGACCAGAUCAUCGACCGGAGCAUCCAGGACGCGUACAUCUGCGCCAUCCGGAGGGCCAAGAGCUUCAUCUACAUCGAGAACCAGUACUUCCUGGGGAGCUCCUACUGCUGGAAGCCCGACGGCAUCGACCCCGACGACGUCGGCGCGCUGCACCUCCUCCCCAAGGAGCUGUCUAUGAAGGUGGUGAGCAAGAUCGAGGCCGGGGAGCGGUUCACCGUGUACGUGGUGGUGCCCAUGUGGCCGGAGGGCAUCCCGGCGAGCGGGUCCGUGCAGGCCAUCCUGGACUGGCAGAGGAGGACCAUGGAGAUGAUGUACAGCGACAUCGCGCAGGCCAUCCAGGCCAAGGGGAUCGACGCCAAACCCAAGGACUACCUCACCUUCUUCUGCCUCGGCAACCGGGAGGCCAAGAAGCCUGGCGAGUACCAGCCGCCGGAGCCGGCCGAGCCCGACAGCGACUACCUCAAGGCGCAGCAGAACCGCCGGUUCAUGAUCUACGUCCACACCAAGAUGAUGAUCGUGGACGACGAGUACAUCAUCGUGGGGUCGGCGAACAUCAACCAGAGGUCCAUGGACGGGGCGCGCGACUCGGAGAUCGCCAUGGGCGGGUACCAGCCGGGCCACCUGGCGACGAGCCGGCCGGCGAGGGGGCAGGUGCACGGGUUCAGAAUGGCGCUGUGGUACGAGCACCUCGGCAUGAUGGACGACGCGUUCCAGCGGCCGGAGAGCCUCGACUGCGUGCACAAGGUGAACGCCAUGGCCGAAAGGUACUGGGACCUCUACGCGGCCGACGGCCCAGAGCGCGACCUCCCCGGCCACCUCCUCACCUACCCCGUCAGCGUCACCGGCGACGGUUCGGUGACGCAGCUGCCCGGGGUGGAGUUCUUCCCGGACACCGAGGCGCGGAUCCUCGGCGCCAAGUCCGACUACCUCCCGCCCAUCCUUACCACAUAGAUAGAGGCACCUCUGCCUGCAUCACGUUGCAUCGAUCAAAUUCUUCCUUCCGUUUGGUUUUUCCUCUGAAGAUUUGGUGUUUCUCUGAAAACUCUGAAUAAGAACAGCCCUAGAUUGUGGUUUUCCUUCUUCUUUUUAGCGAAUAUAAGAAAUGCACUAGUUGCAUGGUGCAUGGUGAUGGGUUUAUCGUGAUUGUAGGUUAAUUUGUUAGUGCUACAUGUUGAUGAGCUUAAACAGGUUUAAUUCGUGCAUUAGCGUAUGCCUGUUUUCUUUGACAGUUCAGUGUUUGUGCCACAGCUUGUCAGAUAACUAACCAUCUUCACGCCUAUAUGAGAUCAUUGGAAUUACUCCUUUGUUUUCUGCUAGAUUUUUCUGUCAUAUCUUCAAGCAUAUGGACUCUCAAAUUUCACGAAUCGGGUGAAGAAAGAUACAUUUUCCCCAAUAGUUCAACAUUUCUUUUCAAACUAUAUGCAAAUAUGUAAAUUCUGUCUCCACUGGUGAAGCUACAGUGUUUGUGAUGUUAACUGACAUCGCAGAAAUUACUCGUCGCAGAAAUGGAUGUAUCUAGAACUAAAAUACAUCUUGGGUGGAUUGAUAUCGCAGGU